CGCGUUACCAUUAUAGCGGAGGUGGAAUGGGAGAUUUGGUGAACAUUCUCUGGGAACAAUAGACGGUCUUCCUGCUUCCUAUUUUUAAUGAAUGCAACAUUUCCACGACUGACUACAAUGACGCGUCGGAAACCAAGCAGCAGCUGCUGAGCGUUCACCUGUCAACAUUGUUAUAUUCGCGUCAUUUGAAAACAUUUUCGUUAACGUUACAUUUUAGUAGAUGCUCGAAAAAGUCUUAAUGGAAUACGCUGAAGUGGUAGGGGAGCUGCGAGGGCUCGGGAUGGCGUGCUAACGUUAGCCGAGUUGCUACCAUCCGCACCGGUUGAAAGUGCUGUUUUAAGCCCAUCCUGGAUUUGACACACCGAGUCUGGGUUCUUCUGGGGGAUGCUCUUUGGGUCGCGGCGCUAAACGAGCACCAUGGAAGAAAUCAAGACGGAACCGGUGGAUUUUGUCAGGGAAUUUCAAGAAUACCUGACACAGCAAACGCAGCACGUCAACAUGAUCUCGGGCUCCAUUUGUGAGGAAAAGGACCCAGUGGCACCAAGGAGUGAGCAUAAUGGUCUGGACGCCCCAUCCGUGGAGGUAAGCCUGCCCUUGGAGGAAGGGUCCGACGUGCAAAUGGACGGCCUGGAAAGGACAUGUGACGGCAAAUACAAGUGCAGCUUCUGCAGCUACGCCAACAAGGGCAUGGCUCGGUUGAUCGAGCACAUCCGCAUCCAUACAGGAGAAAAGCCGCACCGCUGCCAGCUGUGUCCCUUCGCCUCGGCGUACGAGCGCCACCUGGAGGCCCACAUGCGCUCUCACACGGGCGAGAAGCCGUACAAGUGCGACCUUUGCGCUUUCCGCUGCAGCGACCGCAGCAACCUGUCGCACCACCGCCGGCGGCGCCACAAGCAGCUGCCCGCCCGCGUGGCGCGCCCGCCCUUCGCCGGCAAGCGAGGCCUGACCACCCUGCAGAAGCGCAGCGGGCCGCUUGGCUUUGGCAGGCGCCUGCUCCUCAAUUUCGCGCCGUCGCCCAAGUCAGACUACGCCGACGACGUGCCUCACAAGCAUCACCACCAUUUGAACAUGACCGAGCACAGGAACCCAACCAGGCUGCUGCAGAGUGACUUCGACCGAGGAGCCAACCCUUUCAACAGCCCGCUGGAGCAGUUGGCUUCGCUGCAGCCGGCCGACCUCCACGGCGAGCCCCCUCACGUAGCCCCAAGCGGCAACGAGAAGCCCAUAGUGAUACAGGAAGUCACGGGUGCGCGAGUCACCCCGUGUUCCAACGGCGUGCAGACGUCAACGGCCAAAAGCGAAUACCCCGGGAGUUCCGCGCCCGGCCUCAGUUUGGACGCCCGCGACGAACCUUCGUGCGCAGGGGGCAGCCGGCCCGGCACGCCCCUCGCCGCCGACGCCCCGGAAUGUGACAAGCCGCAGCGGUGCCCGCACUGCGACAUCCAUUUCCCCGACAACGUCCUGUACACGAUCCACAUGGGCUGCCACGUCUACGAGCACCCCUUCCGCUGCAACGUCUGCGGCCACACGUGCACCGACAAGUACGACUUUGCGUGCCAUUUUGCUCAAGGGCAGCACAGGAAGUGACUCUGACGCUAUUCGGAAUCGGUCAGGAGCCACUAUCCACUACUCACGAAAAACUUUGGUCCAUUGUUAAAUUUAGGCGUGAACAAUUAAGCAAAUUCAAAUCUGCAUCACAAUGUAGUGGAUUGAAAGUGCGAGGGGGGGGGGGGGCUAUAAUAAAUAUGGGGGGGGGACCUUAAAAAUGUUUGUAUUAAAUCGCAAUAAUGGAAUUGGAUUAUAUGCGUAUAUAUGAUAAUGGAUGCCGAUCACGAUGCCUCAUGCCAUUUAAGAUGCCAAAAACUGUCGGCAGUUAAGCACAUAAACACACUGGUCAUUAUUUUGAGGAAGGUUGUUUGUACUUCUUUGAAGGAAUGUAGUUUGGCAAAGGCUGCUGCAGAUGAAAUUAAACACAAAUAAACAGUAUUUUACGUACUUUUUUUUUAACAUCUUGGCUGAAUUAGCUUGACACACGAACAGUGCCUGUAUUAUUUUAUUUUAUUUUUUACAUCAUGUAUAUACUGUCAAUUGUAAGAUGACUUAGAAGUUCUUUUAUUUUUACUGUCUACUUGUUUGAUAACUGAAGCAGUAUAAAGGUGACCUUAAUUGAAA